UAUUCGACCUGCAUAACAGGUGGCUGGUGGCUGGUAAGGUGGCGUCUUGUGCAUCACGUGUGUGACUGCGCUAUUCCCGAAUCGGACGGCUUCAUUAUCGUCCAUCCCGAACGCAGCAGAAGAAAACACCGACGUAAGAACGGCUGCAUCGAUCUCUCUCUGCUCAUCGUUGUCUGUGAUGGCCUGGAUUUGUGUCUAAUUCUGUGGAUUCUCUCUUGGUCACGAUCUGACUGUGUUUCUUCUCACUCGUUUGACUAUCUGCCUUUCUCGCCCCCAUCCACGAAACCAGACACGUUUCCCGGUUGCCUGCCUCCUUAUCUACGAUUAGAUCCACCUCGACAUAGCGCUCCGAUCGAGACACGCCACGACUCGAAUUACCUUUUUGAAUUACUUUUCUAAAUUACAACGUCUAUCCUUCACGAUCCAACCGCCGACAAGAUGACCGGUCCCUCCAUACAAGAUCGCACCAGCGAGUUCAACUCCAUCCUGGGCCAGGCCCAGAAGCGCCUCACCACCAACAAAGUCGGAGCUCAACGGCAGGCUCUCCUGUCCGAUGCACAGAGACGGCAGACUAAUGGGUUUGCCGAGCCGGGAGUACCGGGGGAGAAGAGGAGGUCGGAGUUUGCCCGCCGCGCGGUGGAGAUCGGGCGGGGGAUAACGGGGACGACGGCCAAAUUGCAACGGUUGGCGGAAUUGGCAAAGCGGAAAACUCUCUUUGACGACAGACCGGUGGAGAUCUCCGAGUUGACCUAUGUCAUCAAGCACGACCUGGCAUCGCUCAACCAGCACAUCGCCUCGCUGCAGGCCUUCACGCAAUCCCAACAUCCCAAGGCCAGCCGAUCCAAGGCCGAUCAAGAAGGGGAGCACAAUGAUAAUGUGGUGGUCAUGCUGCAAGGCAAACUAGCUGACGUCGGCGCCAACUUUAAAGAAGUCCUGGAAGUGCGCACCAAGAAUAUCCAGGCGUCGCGAUCGCGCACGGAGAACUUCGUCUCGUCCGUCUCGUCCAAAUCCCAGAGCGCCCUCGACACGCAGCGCUCGGACUCCCCGCUGUACAACACCUCGGGCCGCCGGACGCCGCAGCCCGGCGGCGCGUCGGACCUGCUCACGCUGGAACCGUCGAAUCCCUCGCCGCUGGGCCGCCCGAACAUGCACUCAGACCAGCAACUGCUGGUGAUGGAAGAGGCACAGACGAACAACACGUACAUCCAAGCGCGCGGCGAAGCCAUCGACGCAAUCGAGCGCACCAUCAGCGAGCUAGGCGGCAUCUUCGGCCAGCUGGCGCAGAUGGUCAGCGAGCAGUCGGAGAUGAUCCAGCGCAUCGACGCCAACACGGAUGACGUGGUCGACAACGUGCAGGGCGCCCAACGCGAGCUGAUGAAAUACUGGGGACGCGUGCAGGGGAAUCGGUGGUUGAUAGCGAAGAUGUUCGGUGUUUUGAUGAUCUUUUUCCUUCUUUGGGUGUUGAUAUCAGGAUAGAAACGCCUUUAUCCUUGACCCACUUACUAAUGUAAUAAUAUCUUCUAUUCACCUUGGGGCCGAGUCCGCUGCGCUGGACGAGCCUCAGCAUUGCCACAUUACCUGUCUGUCUCUAUCUUACCUCUAUCCCUGCCUAUUUCUCCCUCUUGGCUGGGUAGACAAAUCGCUCUAUCUUUCACCCCCCAUCUACCUCCACCUCUCGCUUGACGGUAAUUGAUUCAUUGAUUAACCGAUUCCUUAUGUCCUAUGUGUCACCUACCUUACCCAUCAGCUGGGAUUUUUCAUGUCUGGAUAUUGUAGUAAAUAUCUUACUUCGCUUUACUUUUUCCCUGUUAUUUUUCUUUAUCUCUUUUCAAAGUUGCCUUGUCUAUCCUACCCUAUUCUAUAGACCAAUGUUGAUACCUGGGGUCUAAUUUACUUGAUC